UUUGAUUUCAGAUGAGAAGAGUUAAUCACACCUUUUUCUUCAAGUCUUACUAUGGAUAACGCAUCCUAUGAUGGGGAUAAAAUGAGAGAAAACAUCAACAUGAUGAAGACCACAACGGGAUGUAAGGAUGAAGAUACAUCACAUAUAGAUAAGAAACACAUGACAAGACUUACUGAGAAAAAUCCAGAGGAUUACAUGAGUGCAGUAGAAUGUCUACGACUGAGGAAUGGUUUGGUAGAAAUCUUGGAGGAACUGAAAUUAAGGAGGAUGAAUGACAAAGACAAUGAAGAGAGAAUAAAAAGGGCUGAUCAAGAGAAAUAUCAACUAAUUAGAAAAUGUGAGUCAGAAUCUCAGAAGUUGACAGAGGCAACCAAGCAGUAUAGGAAACAGUUACAGGAGGCGGACAGGAAGUGUGAGGAGAAGCUGUCCAGGGCCGAGGAACAGCUGAAACAACACAAGGUGUUCAAAGAUUGCACAGAUAAAGAAAUUAGCCUGCUGAAAGAUGAAAUUCGGAAAUUAGAGGUUGUGAAAUACAAACUGGAGAAGGAUGUCACAGAACAGGAGAGAAAACUACACCUUCAUCUCCAGUCUACAGAGCAGCAUUUGAAUCAGCUGACAGAAACAGAGGGGAGGUUCAAGUUACUGUACGCUCAAUGUAAACAGCUGAGUGAGGCGCAGACACAGCUAGAGGAUAGUGUUCACCAUGCAAUAAAGCACAACCAGGCUUUAAGUUAUAUAAAUGAGCAUCAGAAAUGUAUUGUUGAAGAGGAAAAGAACCAUUCCCUUAGUCUGCAGGCCCAACUCUUGGAAGUCAAGAGUCUUCUACAGCAGAAACCAACAGAAACAAGUCUACAGCAGUACCAACAGGAAAUAGCAUCACUAAAACAAAGACUAGAGAGGAUUACAACAGAAAAAGAGAAAGCUAAUGAAGAAAUAACAGAGUAUGAAGCAAAGUAUGAGAAGCUGAGCCAGAGUUUGGAGGAUACCAACAGACUACUGGUGCGUCAGAUUGAAAAUGUUGAACAACACAAAAAGAACUCCUCCCAACAAACACUGGUUAUUGACCAACUACAGAAGGAACUGUCAGAGGUCAAAGGUGAGCUGCAGGAGGUCAAGGCUAAAAAUAGAUCACAAACAGAGCAGCACAAAGAAGAGGCUAGAGAAUGGAGACAUAAGAAUUCACAACUUCAAGAUGAACUGAACAAAAUCAGUGAAGAGUUGAUAGAUCAGAGGAAGACAUGUUCUGAUUUGGAGGAAUUGAAUACAACAUGGGCGAAUCAGAAUAUUCAACUAACAGAACAACUUCAGUCCAUCAAGGAACUUCUGAACAAACCUAAACAGGAUCAGAUUCAGCAGACGUCACUGAGCUGGCUGGACAUGGUGGAGCGGGAGAGUCAGACGGAGGUGUUCUGUGUAGACGUGUCAGUCCAGACGUACACAGCCCAGCACAGGACGGAGAGUUCCCAGACACCGGUCCCUGACUCUACAGUAUCAGCCACACAAACCAGGAACCCCGCCCUGGCCAACUCCAUCUCCCAGACAGACGAGGCGGAGGUACACAGCGUGGCAGUCCAGGCCGAGAUCAUCAGGUACAACUCCAAAGAGAGGCUCUUCUCCCAGUCCAUGUCCUCUCCCAACGGUUCUCUUAAAAUACUCAGUCAGCAGUCCUUAGCAAGCCAAACCGAUGAGCAGUUAGCCCAUACUGAUUGUAGUCAGUAUAAUACACAGGUAGUUUCUAUUGACUGCAGUCAGUCGAAUACACAGAUUGUAUCGGGAAUGUCUAGUCAGUCAGUACAGGACACAGAUUUACAAUCAGUCAGUCAGCCAGAGAGUCAGGUUCUCCCAGUCAUCUCUAGUCAAUCUCUGCCAGCUGAUGAGAGUGAACUCCAAAAUAUUGGUAGUCAACUUGCCUCUGAAGAUACUAGUCAGUCCAUGACAGUAGAUUCAUCUCACUCAGAGGCUAUUCAUCUAGUAAAGCAGAACAAACCCGACAGUCUCCAAACUUCUACUGAAAAGGAGAUCCAUGAAAGUAUUAUGGAACACCAAAAUGUUGCCAAAAGACAUUCAUUUCAGUUUUCUAGUUCAAAUAUCAGCAAAACAAUAACUAGUAGCAGAGAAUCUGUCAUAGAAUGUGCAAAGAGAGAAAUAACAUUAAUUUCCAAAAAUGCUGAAGAAUUGAAAAGCAAGCAUGGAAGUGAAGAGAAUAAUAAAUCAGAAGUAAUGAUUGAGAUCCCAACAGACAUAUCUAAAAUAGAAAAAGAUAUUGACAAUAAAAACUAUGAAAGUAUUGACAAAAGAAUUGAUACACAGACCAAAAUAUCCAGAGAUAAUGGACAGAUUUACACAGAAGGUAGCGAAUCAGACCAGAGUGAAUGUGGGAGUGUCAGGAACAAAAAUGAAAAUCAGCAGAGUAACACUGGAGGAAAUGACGAACAGUCCAGUAAUGUUGGUGGAACAUCUCCAAGGAGUCCAGGGGGAUCCAGACUGAAGUUAUCUUUGUCAAAACUGAGGAUUCCAACAUCUUUGUGUGAGACUCACUCCAGCGAAUCAUCCUUAAAAUUGACACCAAAUCCUGAAGGGAUGAAAGUGGCUGCUGAAAGCUUCAAGUUUAUCAAAGGAAAGAAUACACCAGGCAAGUUGCUGAAACUUAUAGAUUGUGACAAUAAAGAUGUGAAGGGCAUUUUGAAAGAUGUAGGACAAGAGAAUCAUUAUAAGAGAAAAAGUGUCUCCUUUGGAAGUCCUCUGCAGAAUGUUCAACAGUUUUCUCAGACCUCUGUGGAGAGUGUUUCACGUGAUGAUGGAGACAAAGAUCUGUUUGAUGACUCCGACGAUGACACGGAAGAUAAGAAUUAUAAGGAAAGAAGAUCAGAGAGUUGUCUGCCAGCCACAACCCUGAUUAUUGGCAACAAGAGGGUGGAAUCUUCCAACUCGGUGGCCAGUCUCAUAGACGAAUAUCUCCCCGAUACUUCUCUUCCUAAACCUGUGUCAGUUCUGACUGUAAAUAAGGAGGACGAUGAUGAAUUACAAAUGUCUUCCACAAACACCAUUAACAAUUCUAAAGCUUCACCAUGUAGUAGCAACCAGAGUGCAUUCAAGUUGUCGAGAGGCACGACAAGUGUGAGUGUUGGCAACAGAUUACUGCCCGUACUGGAGAUUCCUAGUGUACCCACCCCUCCACCAUCAACUCUCUCUAACCAGUACAAACGCACUAUAGAUGCCAUCCUCAACAAAGGCAAGAAGCAGAAAACUGAACACUGAAUGGUUUAUUAGUAAUAGUUGUUGUUAAUGUAUGUGUGUUUUUGAUAGUUCACAUAUCUGCAAUGUGGAUGUUGUAAGGUUGUAAUUCAAGAUUUUUCUCAUUGCUAGAAGUAUU